AUGAGGACGGACAAGGCUGGAGAGUCUAGCGCUGAGCUGCCCACACAGUCGAAGAGCGCGGAUACCUGCUACAUGCAGUCUUACUCCGUCAUGGUCGUCAUCACGGGCGCUGGUAAAGAGCAGCGAAACUCCGCGACAACCGCUUCUGAGGCAGCCUCUGCCGGAGCAGAAGAGACGUCUUCGACCAGCACCUCGACAUUCCCCAGCGCGACCGCCACCAAUGCACCGAAAGGAUAUGGGAACUUUACCGGAGUGUCAAGAUCUCUUGUUUUUGCGGGACUUACUGUCACACUUGGGUGUUUCACAGCUCUGUAG